CGGCGGCGGACGCGCGGGGCCGCCGCGGAGCUGCCGCGGGAGCGGGAAGCGGUGCAGGACUGUGUGUAUUCAGUGUGUUCUACCUAUCCCAGGUACGCUUGGAAGAUGAGAAAGUUACUUUCUCCCCCAAACCCAUUUUUAUCUGCCUUGCCUUCUGUCUAGGUAGGUGAAUGGAUUUUCAAAAGCAGAGUUGCUAAAAUUGACAGAAAAUGGCAUAUCGAAGAGAUGAAAUGUGGUCAGAAGGGCGGUAUGACUAUGAAAGAGUUCCAAGAGAACGUGUCCCUCCAAGGGUUCAUGGUGAUGAUGAUUACCACAGAAUAGUAAACAUUGUGCCCAAGAAACCACCGCUGCUUGAGAGACCUGGGGAUGGGAAUUACAGUCGCUAUGACGAUUACGGUCACGCUGAGUACAGAGACUAUAACGAGGGUCGUAGUUUUGACCAUGACCGAAGAAGUGGCCCUCCACACCGAGGUGUACGUAAGGAUGAAUCAGGAUACAGAUGGGCAAGAGAUGAUCAUUCUACAAGACCUGAAUACAGGGACGUCAGAGAUGGCUUCAGAAGGAAAAGCUUCCAUUCUUCUCAUUAUACAAGAGAUCGAUCCCCUCACAAGAGGGACUCUCCUUUCUUCAGGGAAUCGCCCGGGAGCCGGAGGGAUUCUCCGCACAGCAGAUCUGGCUCUAGUGUCAGCAGCAGGAGCUACUCUCCUGAAAGAAGCAAGGCCUAUCCUUUCCACCAGCAUAGCAGAAAUAUGUCGUCUUUACAUAAAAGAAAUGUUUCUUCUCAGCAAGGUAAAGAGAGGACAGUUCAGUCACUGAAAACAUCAAGAGAUGCAUCACCUUCAGGGUCCACAGCGGCACCUUCAUCAAAGGCCUUGGAGAAGAGCAACAGACUAUCAGAAAAGGAACUUGCAGAAGCUGCAAGCAAGUGGGCAGCUGAAAAGUCAGAGAAGGCCGAGGAGAGCAAUUUACCUGAAAUAACAGAGUAUGAUGCUGGAUCUUCAGCUCCAUUAUACAUUGAGCAAACAGAGGAAAUAGAGGCAAAUCUAACAGACAGCAUGGAAUUAUAUGAGGACAGCCAGCUUCUGGGUCGUUCAAAAGCAAUUGCAGCUAAGACAAAGGAGAUUGAACAGGUCUACAGACAAGACUGUGAAACCUUUGGCAUGGUAGUGAAGAUGCUAAUUGAUAAAGAUCCAUCAUUAGAGACGUCCAUUCAGUUUGCCCUGAGGCAGAAUUUGCAUGAAAUAGGUUCUACAAAUGCCUUUUAAAUUUUGAUGUUUUCCAUCUCAUGACUCAUUACUAGUAAUCAGUAUUAUGUAGGAUGGAUUCCAGUUUUUGUUACUGUUUGCUCUGUUUUUAACUACACUGUACUGAAUGUAGCUGUAGGCAGCCACUGAGCAGGGAAAGGUCGCUUUUCCUACUCUGUUGAUCUCCCCACUUACAACUUCUCAAGCCUUUUCAUCCAUGAAUUUUUACAAUAAGGAGGCUGUGUGUAAUCUUUAUUUCCAGCUUCAAGAAGGAGCAGGAAUUGGGGUGUCGAGGAUGGAUAAGGAAAGUGAGCAGGACCAUCUCCCCAGUAAACCCAGGUGUCUUGGUUUGAAAAGACAGGUGUCUGCUAAGGAAGGCAGGAGUCUCUCUUGAAAUGGAAAAUGUAAAUCCCCUCCCUCUGAAUUAUUAU